GUGCGGACUGCGUCAGGUCGCUCUACAGUUCCUACGCGCCUCACGGUGCGUUGCGCUAUCUCUCGUAAGGGUCACGUUGUCGCGUCGACGGUUAGAUUGAAAUGGUGCUCUUAACGCCACAGAUGGCGAUGGUUGCGUUUCAGCCCAUGAGUGUGUGUUUUGUUUUUUGAUUUUUUAAUGCACCCUAGUGAUAUUGGUGAAUGUGUUUAAAGUGAAAUUUUGUGUUCGAAUCUAUUGAAAUUGGAUAAUUUGUAUCGAUGGCUAAAAUCGUGAGUUUCGUGUCUAAACAAAUUGGUUCAUAGUGUAUAGUUUCCAAACAACCCAAUCAGACUACACCAGUGCAGCUGGUCGAGACACUCCGGCAGGCAUUGCAGCGUAAUUUCCAUUGACUAAUAACAUCAACUACUGUUUAACCAACCAAAAUACUACCCACAAGCUGCCGUUGCAUACCAGAGACUGAGAAAAAAAGGAGGAGCAACCCGAGCACAUCAAUGGCAGCAAAAAACGCAACGAUCGACGGUUCGACGAAAAUCGAACGUAGAAGAGAACGAUAAAACUACGCAAGUGUGCAUUUGAAGGAUUGGCAUCAACGCCACAGGCACGGGCGUUGGACAUAGCGCAAAAAACACUCCCACCCGUCGAAGCCGGCCCUCGUUUUCGGAUGCCGUAACAUCUCGUGGACAUUCGUCAUCGUGGGUAAUCGUUCCGGGAUUACAGCGCGCUGGUUCGAGAGUGUGUCUUGGUAACGGAGGCAGCACGAGUGUGUGAAAGAUGCUCGAAGAUAAACACGCAAUACCGUACGAAGACCAGCUCCAGCACGUGCAGUGGGUGCACUAGGCGUGUGGGCGCGGUGGUCUGCCAGUGACACUUAUCCCGGUUGGGUUGCUCGAGUCGAACAAAGACAGCUUGACAGGCGCUAGGGACGUGUGUGAUCGUAAAUAUUUUACUAUCGCGCUAGGCAGCGCGCUCUUCGCUCCAAAAACGCCCCGGAAUGCUGACGCCAGUGUCCGGGCUGGUUAGCUUGGUGGGCGCUGUGACGGUGGCUACUGCCACGUCGACGUCUCCAGCCGCGAUGGCGUCGCUGGUGCUGGAUCAUACCGAGCUUCCGCUGGCGGGAACAAUCCCGCCCGCCGCGCUAAUGCCGGCCCGAGUACUUUUGCCAUCGAACGCAACGAAUCUCACCCUGACGCUCGAGGAGCUGCUACGUCCAAACAGCUCCACCGUGGCACCGCCGAACGGAGACAACGAUAUUAUCUUCUCGAACAAACUCGUCCAGAUCGUGUUCUGUGUGCUGUACUCUAGUAUCUUCGUGCUGGGCGUGUUUGGCAACGUGCUCGUGUGCUACGUCGUGUUCCGCAACAAAGCCAUGCAGACGGUAACGAACCUGUUCAUCACGAAUCUGGCCCUCUCCGACAUACUGCUGUGCGUGCUGGCCGUGCCGUUCACGCCGUCCUACACGUUCAUGCGGCGCUGGGUGUUCGGGAAGCUGCUGUGCCACACGGUACCGUUGGCGCAGGGCUGCAGUGUGUACAUAUCGACACUAACGCUGACUUCGAUCGCGAUCGAUCGUUUCUUCGUGAUAAUCUACCCAUUCCAUCCGCGCAUGAAGCUAUCCACCUGCAUCACCAUCAUCGUGCUGAUAUGGUCCUUUGCGAUAAUGGUGACCAUGCCGUACGGACUGUACAUGAAGCUGCACGGCGUCGCCUCGAAUGGAACGGACAAUGCUACGGGGGCGCUUUCCAGUGCUAUGUACUGUGAGGAGCUGUGGCCAUCGGAGGAAAUGCGCAAAACAUUCUCCAUCGUCACUUCGAUACUCCAGUUUGUGCUGCCGUUUAUAAUCAUGGCGUUCUGUUAUAUCUGCGUGUCCAUACGCCUAAACGAUCGUGCUCGCACCAAACCGGGCAGCAAGACGUCACGCCGAGAAGAGGCGGAUCGAGAUCGCAAGAAGCGCACCAACCGCAUGUUGAUCUCGAUGGUGGCCAUCUUUGGCAUUUCCUGGCUGCCGCUGAACGUCGUCAACAUGUGCAACGACUUCAACUCGGACAUCAACAGCUGGCGGUUCUACAAUCUGAUUUUCUUCAUCGCUCACCUGACAGCCAUGUCCUCCACGUGCUACAAUCCGUUCCUGUACGCCUGGCUAAAUGACAACUUCCGCAAGGAGUUCAAGCAGGUGCUGCCCUGCUUUGAUCCGUCCCGUGGUAGAGCGGGAACUGUCGGCGGCAACCGGGGGGCCGGUGGCGGUUGGCGCUCGGAACGAACCUGCAACGGUAACAAUGACACCGUGCAGGAGACGCUCAUACCGAGCUCUCAAGUUCUGCCCAGCAGUCGCAGCUCGCAACCACACCAGCAACCGCAACAGUUGAGCUCAUCGUCAAGCCAGGGGCAAGGGAACCAGCCGACGGUUGAUUCGAUUCUGCUCUCGGAGGUUGUGCCGCCGCUCUCACUUCCACCGCCCCUCGCCGGCGCCAUGCUGCCGAGUGUGCAGAGUGCCGAAACAGUCAUUCUUCCAUCGGGCGUACUGGAAACUCCGUUCGACGUACAACUUAUCCCGAGCGUAGAUGCGCCAGUCAGCAAUGGAACGUCCGAUGCGACGAACCUUACCCCGUCCGCGGGUGUCCGAAAUGGGUUGAACCAUGCGUGCACGAACCCCAAACUUUCGUCACUUAUCCUCAUAAAUGACGGUACUACGGCUGACUCGAAAGUGCCCGCCAUUCUAUAAUCAUCUGAGCUUGCGAAGGACAUCCAACCGCCACAUAAUAGACCCGCUGGCAAAAUCAAUCCUACAGAAAAUUAAAUUCUAUCAUCUCACUUCCCAAGGCCAGCAGUGCAACAGUGAUGUACCCCGGGAUGAUACGAUAAGUCGGAAUGAGUUGACAAAUUUAUGGAACAUCACAGACUGUCAUGAGACCAUCGGCCCCAGCAUUCCCAGCGCAACUGGGUACCACGACGUGCGUUCCGACCAUGCCCUUCCCCACUGCACCCGCGAGGUGUGAAACGAAAUGGAAUUUUAGCGGUUUCAUCGAAAAUAAAAGAAAAAAGACACAAACUCGCACAGGCGCUCUAACACACGCAUAGGGUGGAUUAAAUGAUGUGACAUAAACGAGACGACACGUGUGCACUGGUUGUGCCAAAGGGCAUGUUGUGGCGUAGCCUGUAACCGUUAGACUACGAACGAACCAUGAGACAAGGGGCGAUGAAGCUGUGUGGAAAACUGUUUCCACUUCCCUUGGUUCCGGGAGGCGUCGCGAUGAAAGUGUCUCGUUACCAGGAUAUGGCCAGGAGACGCAAAGUUUUGCAGAAGCUAUGCUUAACGAGAUUGCCAAGGUGCAACGGACGCCAUCGCUCGCCAUAGUGCACGUGACUGCAUCGCACGUUCUUGCGUUUUUUGUUUUGUUUAAAUUUCUCUUCCACCCAGCCCGCAAACGACCGAACGAACGAAACGAACAAACCAACAAACGAAGUAAACAACCGAGCAACGAGUCGUCAAAAUGAUCGACUUUACCGACAUGAAGAUGCAAAAAGUCAAAGGUGAUAGAAAACUUUAUUUGAUCGUUUUAGCGAGACACCUCUUUGGCCGGGAGCUGUUUGAGAGUAGAGCACGAGGGUUUAAAACUAGUGCAGUAAACAUCGACAUCAUUCGUUCUGAGUGCGAUGGUACAGGGGUCGGUGCAGUAGUAGUGUAAAAAGCAAACAAACAAACUUGAUAAAGCAAACCACAAGGAAGCCGGAUAAUCAGUUUCUAGACCGGUACCAUUCUGCAACACGAUAUAAAAAUAGUGAAAUUAUUAAAUCCAAAGCCACAGCGCCAGACAGCCCGACACCUACAGUGUACAGGGUACGUAACGUAGGGCUGUAACGGUGGCCACAAUUCACCCGAGAAGAUGUAAUGUUUUCGUGCUGAAGAUACCAGACGAGAUGCUGGCAGUACUGGCACGUUGUAUAAAAACAAAAUCAUUGUAUAUGGAUGCUAGAAAGUAAGAAGAAGUGGUCGCGACAGAUAGCGAUUUUCUUAUACGCUUUUUCGGUGCUUCCGUUGUUCGAUGUUUGUAUCAGCACAUUUUCAAUCGAAUUGGGAGUAUGAUCCCGACGUCUAGGAGUGAGGAAUGUGUGAGGAAAUGUGUAUGAAUAUGGAGUGUUGUUCGGUCCAGCGGAAGGUCCCUGACCGUCGGGCCCGUCAGUUAUCUACGUCAGCCUUAAGAACGCAAACAGUCCUUCACAUGUGCAAUAGACGCCAUGGCGUGUCAUGCUCCCGUGCUUUCGUCCAGUCCAUGGUUUCGUAAUUUCCUUUGGGUAACUUCGUAGAAGAAGCUUAGCUUAGGAGCUGUGUCUUCUAUUUUGAGUCAACAUUAUUGUUAGUUAUUUUUUUCGAUUCUCGUUCUUAAAUUGCAUGACCAUGAGCUUUUGAGCCCGUUUGUCCUUUAAUCUGUUUUAAUGCCUUUUACACCUAAACGAUGCUGUGUCUAAGGCAAUGAUCAGGAGUCAGAUUCCUUAUAAAGUACAUUAAUUUCAAUCCAACAUAGAAAUUGACAUUUCUUAGUUUCAAAUUUAUCCGAUUUCGUUCUCAAGUUCGUUUUCCCUUAUCUUUGUGGACGCUUUAUUCUCAACAGUCCUGAUUUAAUUGUCCUCUCGACAGAUAAAUCUCCAGACGUUUUGGAUGGUUCUAAACGUAAGAAAAAACAUUCUUCAUAAACAAUUUCACCUUUUCACCUCAUUGAGGUAGACCCAUAAAACUCCAUUCGUGUAAAAAAAAAUCAUUUGAGCAUGGCAUAUCCAAUGACAAACGUUUAAUAAGCGCUUUGUCAUUUGAACGACCGAGCAAAGCUUCAACGAAUCUGAAUGUAAAUUAAAUUUAACAGACCACUUGUCAUCGUUUCUUGCUGCAUUCUUCCUUUUCUUGUCAUUUUUAGUUCGACCUGAUUCAAACGUUUGAAGGAUUUUCGGUCCAUUCCUAUAUUAUUACCCACUAUCAGCAGUAGCUUGGUCCGUUCUAUCGGUAUUCUGAAUCCUCCUGGGAAAUCAGGGACCGUGAUCCAUCAUGAACCUCGUGACCAAAUGACCCUAGCUCAAGCUCGCAACCGAAGUUGUCUUAGUCUUAGAGUAGUCGGAAAACGGAGCAUUCGUUUGGGGUUUGUAAUCUGUUAGAUUACAAACUAACCGAUCAGCCACUUGCUAUACUGGAAUUCAAACAAACACUCGAUCAGUAAGUUUUUUUUAGCCUUUUUAGACGAACUCUUGCAUUCGACCGUCGUGUGAAUUCGUUUUUCAUUUUAUUAAUUUGAAACGAUUUUCAAUUUACUUUUGAUUGAACUCUGGCCACGAUUGUGCGGGAAAGCGAAAAUUCCACACGAUUGGUCCAGACUCCGUGUGAAACGGACCCGACCCCACACUGACCACUGAAACCCUCGCCACGGAAUGGAACGAAGAAUGAGGAGAGGAAACAGCACUACGACAGCAUCGAUACUGUUCGAAGGCAGCACAGCUCCGACAGACAUCCACAUUUGACUCACUUUCCUCGAGCUGUACGUGAUUGAGCCCCGAAAUUCUAGGAAGUGUACGAAUGUGCCCUGUUUUUCCUUUGCUUGCCUCUUAUGUUACACGCGGGAGAUUUUCUUUCCACUGUUUUGUUGUUGGUUUCGUGGCUUACAUUCCGUUCGGAGAAAAUUUUCAUCACCCACUCGGCUCGAUAGGAGGGUACGGCUAUCGACGAGUUUACCACAGGAAAGGCAGUUUCGGUACGCUUGGCGUUCGUAUUAUUUUGGCGUGAUUGUUUGUACACUCGUGUCUGAGUGGCCUAACCGGGUUUCAAUGGGCGGAAAAAUAACAUUUCAGAUCACUUCUAACCGACCAUUCUACCCGACCGGCACAUUUUGGAAAUAAAUCGACCAGUUUACGCGUCUGGAAAAAAGGUUUAUGGUCCGGGUUUUCAUACAUACAUUCCGCUCUGAGCUUUGCCAAAGAGAAUAAUGAUUUAAUUUGAACAAGGAGUUGUGAAAGAAUUCAACUCUACAGAUCAAAAGAGAAGUUUUUUGAUUGGAUACAAAUGUCCCUGUCGGUUGACCCAACAUUGUUUCUCUACACAUCCAACAUCACGAUUGUGAAGUUGUUUGGUAAGUUUCUUCGGCUUACGAAUGGAGAAAUCGGUAUAGCAAAUGGAAGAAAUGCCUCUUAAUUCAUCUCUGCUCCGACUCUAGUGGGCGGUAAUGAAUGUUAAUUAACGUCACAUACGUGAAGUGGGUUUGGCAAACGAGUUGAGUGUGUUGACAACACAAGACAAGUUAGAAUACGAUGGACGAUUUGGACAGACGUAAACCUUUUGGUAUUGAAGCUUUUUUUCAUUUUUAUUCAAGUUUUUUAAGGCCCACAUGAAUAGUUUCAAAUACAUAUCUCAGUCUAGAAAAUAUUUUUAGCGAGACAAAGCUGAUUGCCUACGUUAUAGAGUGGUAGAUAUUGAAUAUUUGUGUGACCUUUUCUACCGUCAUCCUAUCGAUAUGCCAACAAAAGGACCUCUCAUAUUACAUCCACCCUCAAAUGGUCAACGGUCAAUAUACAGUGAGAGCGCCGUUAAACUUGAGCUGGUAAACGACCGUACCUAGAAAAAUGGCCCAAAAGAGUAGCAAAUGCCCGAAGAGACCUAUAAAUAUCCUUAUAAACCCACGCCCCGCGGGCUAGCCGAAAGCUUUUGAUGUGAUUUUUUCCCCACACUGACCACGCCACUGUCAAGGUGACAGCGUGAAAAAUGACGCCUCCUUGACCUAGCCAAGCCCCAUCGCUUCGAAUCAAUCAAUCGGCCGAAAAAUUAAAUCUUGCGUUCACGCUCGUAAAUCAGCUUACAGUACAGUAAGGCAACACAGUCAAAUAGAACGUCCUCGCUGGCGGGCAAAGUACGACGGACAAAAUGUUUCGCCAUUUUUCCAUCAGUUUUUGUUACAACCGAAAAGAAGAAAAAUAUCUUACUCCCGGGAAUUGUAAAUGGCAAGGAAACACAAUCACUAACCAUGAUAAUAUCGGUUCCCUCGGGAUACGGUAGCCUCGAAAAAGGUUACCAGCGAACAAAACGGUACUCAUCCGCGGUGAAUCGUUUCACUUUGUCUUUAGUUUCGUUUUAGCGGCCAGCUGGAGGAAACGGUGCUAUCGGCUGUGUUGCUUUCUCUUAUUUUGUGCAUUAUCGUUUCUUUUUGUGAACGUUUUGACGAGCUUUCAACAUUUGUUUUUUAUCUUUUCCGAUUCAACUGACUUCACUCACUGAUAAUUAUUUUGCUGUUUUCUCCAAAAACAAAAACCGAACGCCCCACUUGGCACGUCAAACCUGCGAAAUAUCUUUAAACAAAGCCACAGUGGUGGUUUAAACUCACAAUCAAGGGAAAACACUAAAUUCACCAAGGAAAACUGCGAGCGUGGGUAUAAGGAAGGAAAAUUUUCUCUAGAACGCAUAAAAAAUGUACAACGGAAACAGAAAAGAUGAAACCAAAAAGAAAACAAACGGGCAAUACACUUCCAAUUCUGAUUCACAGUGCCUCGAGGAAAGCGUACUCAACUGUGUUGAUUCUAGUGUGUUGCUAGUUGCUGCUGUCCGUCGUGCUGUUAAUGUGUAUCUUUCGCUGUUGUCGUUGUAGUUUGUAUCGUACUAAUGUUGUUUUUUUUCACCGCUGGCGGGAAAAUAAGGAAACUAGAGGAAAACAAUUGCGAAACGGUCGAGAGGAAAGCAAAUGCCAUUAGUCGAUCCUGUGUGUGAUUGUAUAUAUGUGUGUGUAUGGAUGAGAGAGAGAGAGAAAGAGAGAGAGAGAGAGAGA